ACGAGUGCUCGAAACGAUGACGAGCGGCGUCGGCAUCGCGGCAUGCGUGCUCAUGGCCGAAUGGGCGAUGAUGCACAUCAUGGCCGGCCUUCUGACCAUCGGCGACGGCCUGAGCGGGAAUAUCGCCGAGUACUACAAGAAGGUCGCGGGGAAGCUGGGCAUGAGCCCGAAGAUCAAGGUCUUCGACGACGUCCAGGCGCAGGGCGGCUGCAACGACGACAACGGCAAGGGCUACCCGUACCUGAUGAACCGCGUCUUCAUCCAGCACUCGCUGAACCUCUUCUUCGUCGGCGUCGAGGCCUGGGUCGCCGUGGCCUGCAUCGCCGUGGAGUCGCGCUGCGUCCUCCUCGCCUGCAUGCCGCCGUUCCUCUUCGACGUGGGCUACUGGGUCGCGAUGGACAUCCCCGACAUCGGCGGCCCGCCCGGCGCGGUCCAGACCUACAUCGUCUCCACCGCCGCCGUGAUCCUCGCGACCGUCGCCCUCAAGGACGAGUACCCGAACAUCAACGACGGCGAGUACUUCCUCGGCCUCGCGCUCCCGGUCCUCUUCAUGCUCGUCGCGGCCGCCCGCCUCGUCGCCGGCGCCGCGGGCAUCAUGCCCUCCGUCUGCGACAAGGUCGGCUCCGCGGCGCCGCUCUCGACCUCGUAGGCGGGCGCGGCCCGCCCCCCCCCCCCGGCCGUUUUCCACUCGUCUCGACUGGUUUUUGGACGAGCGAUCAGCUCUCGGAGCGGUAUCGAAGUGGAGAGCGUGCGCGCGGAGUUCCCACGUAGAAGCGACGUUGAAUCACCCCGGCUUUUGCUGCCAAGAUCGUUGAAGACUUCAUUGAAGCGCGCCUAGCUGAAAACGGUGCAUUGCGGCUGAAGCCCGCGAGAACCCAAACCCGCCAGCUCCGCGAAACCUCAUGCGGGUUCCAGGGCUAACGACGCCCUCUUACGUCAGCACCAACCCCCUCCCGUACCCCGGCCGGACGCCCGGCGUCGCGAGGCGCGGCGUGCGCGCGCCGAAGGACUGGGGCGGCCGCGUGCUACACCAGAGCGAGAAGUGCAGCCAGUGGACGAACGUCCGGGCGGUGUGGCGGCGGUAGCCCACGAGCACGGAUCUCACGCGGCGGAGGAUGCGCGCCCGGAGCCCGCGGAGGUGGCCGCGCGAGAGCUCGAUGAGCUCGUGCAUCACCUGCGUCGACACGACGUGGCGAAACCACAGCGAGAAGGCCCGGCUCACGCCCUGGCGGUAUUUCCACGCCCUUGUGGAGUAGAAGAGGCGCUCGACGGCGCGUCUUGUACACACGUGUGCAUAGAACAUGACGUCGAUCCACUUGCGGAACGCUCGGGCGAGCCGGUGGAAGACGAACGUGGACACGAUGGUGAAGAGGCUCUGCGGGAGCUUCUCGCGCACGACUUGGCGCUCGCACGCGUCCCGAAAGUGGCGGGUCCACGCGUCCCAGCCCUCGCCCAGAAGGCGGUGCAUCCAGCGACGGAUGACCCGCCGCGUCCGCUCGUUGGCGGCCUCGACCCGAGUCGCGUCGCGCAGAGCUGCCAUUUCCAUCGCGUGCUGCUCCUUGAUCUCCGCCACGCUCGCGGUCUUCACGCGGCUCGUCCACGUGCGCCAUGCCGUGCGUAGGCGGCCGUGUAUCAUGUCCAGGACGGCGCGCGUUACAUUGUCUGCGGCCGAGGCCCGCGCGGAGCUCCGCCAGCGCGUCGCGACGUCCGCGAGCCGGCCCUCGAGCUCCUCCUGCUGGUCCCGCAGUUGGCGCGAAUAUUGCU